UUUUGGCCGGAGCUGGGUUUGAACCCGCUACCUCCGGCAUAUGGGGCCCGCGCCCUACACCUUUGAGCCACAGGCGCCGCCCCCAUAAUUCAGUCUUGAGGUUAGAUGAAGCUGGAUGGACAGGCAGCAUUUUUUACACUUCUACCUUUUCCCACUUUUUUUGGAAGGGGAGGUGUAGUUUCCAUAAAACUUUUCACAAAAGUCUGAAUAAAAAUGAUGGUCUUCAUUUUAAAAAGGCACAUACAACAUUUUGCACCCGUCGGUCCCCACCUGGAACGCUUUUCAUUCCAGGUCGGCUCCCUCUCACCUAGCUCCCACACCCCUCACAGAAGAGGUCUCUAGGAGAAAUGAACAUCGUUUUCUUCGUAAUCUACCUCCCCAUCAGAAAGUAAAUUUCCAAGAUAGAAGAACCCCCUGUUCGCCCUCCUCGACUCUGGGUCCCCAGGGCCCAAUUCCGCGCCUAGGAAUGAGGGGGUUUCCAUACUAUGGGCUGGGCCAGAGGCCCUCUAUCCAAGACUUCUCACUUCUGCGUUGUCCGGGACUGCCCUUUCCCGCGGAGAACCGAGGUGGUCUGCGCAGGCGCGCACUAGCCCCACCCCCUCCGACGACGUCACACAGCCGUUACGACUCCCAGGCGUCUCGGCGCGCGCGAUUUAAAACCAGCUCUGGAGCGGCCGAAGGCGAGAUGAGACCUCCCAGUCCAGCCAUAAUGAAUAGCUCUUCUUCAGAGACCCAGGGACACCCCCAUGGUGUUUCCUCACCUUCAGAGCAGGUGUUCUCAGUGCCUUUGCCUAAGAAGGCUCCUCUCAAUACUCCUGGCACUCCAGUCCUUGAAGACUUUCCUCAGAAUGAUGAUGAAAAGGAGCGAUUGCAGCGGAGGCGCUCCAGGGUCUUUGACCUGCAGUUCAGCACGAACUCACCUCAUUUGUUAGCCUCCCCCUCCAGUAGGAGUAUUGACGUUUCAUCUACCAUCCCUAAGUUUACAAACAAGCAGAUUACGGAACAUUAUUCCACCUGUAUCAAACUCUCCACUGAAAAUAAAAUCACUACCAAGAAUGCUUUUGGUUUGCACUUGAUUGAUUUUAUGUCAGAGAUUCUUAAACAGAAAGACACAGAACCAACCAACUUUAAAGUAGCUGCUGGUACUCUGGAUGCUAGCACCAAGAUCUAUGCAGUGCGCGUGGAUGCUGUCCAUGCUGAUGUAUACAGAGUCCUUGGAGGGCUAGGCAAAGAUGCACCACCUUCAGAAGAAGUAGAGGGCUGUGGUUCAGAUGGAAGUGUUACUGAAACAGGAACAACCAAAAAGGCUCCAAAGCCAAAGAAGAAGCAUUUAUACAAAACCAUUGAGCAGAAUAUAAACAACCUCAAUGUCUCUGAAGCAGAUCGAAAGUGUGAGAUUGAUCCCAUGUUUCAGAAGACUGCAGCUUCAUUUGAUGAAUGUAGCACAGCUGGGGUAUUUCUGUCUACCAUCCACUGCCAUGACUAUAAAAGUGAGCUGCUUUUUCCUUCUGAUGUCAAGACUCUCCCCACUGGAGAACCUCUUGAGUUGCCAGAUUUAGGCUGGGUAGAAAUGACAGAUUUAAAAGAGCCCUUGCAGCAGUGUGCGGAAGAUCGCCAGAUCUGCCCUUCCCUGGCUGGAUUCCAGUUUACUAAGUGGGACAGUGAAACACAUAAUGAGUCUGUGUCAGCCCUGUUGGACAAGUUUAAGAAGAAUGACCAGGUAUUUGACAUCAAUGCGGAGAUUGAGGAGAGGGACUGUGAGGACUUGCCCGAGGGCCCCCUGGAGGAUGACUUUGAUGCCAACGAUGAAGCUGACCACCCUGAAGCUGGAGAUCACGAGGAGUUCAGGAGCUGGAAGGAGCCUUGCCAGGUCCAAAGCUCCCAGGAGGAAAUAAUUUCUCUUGGAGACAGAGAUAUUAGGACCAUGUGCCCUCUUCUCUCCAUGAAACCUGGAGAAUAUUCCUAUUUCAGUCCCCGGACUAUGUCGAUGUGGGCUGGCCCAAAUCACUGGCGCUUUAGGCCUCGACACAAACAAGAUGCUUCUUCCCAGUCAGAGAACAAAAAGAAGAGUACAAAGAAAGAUUUUGAAAUUGAUUUUGAAGAUGAUAUUGACUUUGAUGUAUGUUUUCGAAAAACAAAGGCUGCUACUGUUCUGGCCAAGUCCACUUUGGAGAACCAGAAUUGGAAAGCCACCACUCUUCCUACAGAUUUCCACUAUGUUGUCGAUACUCUCGUCCAGUUUCAUCUCAAACCAGGCACCAGGUUACUUAAGAUGGCCCAGAGCCAGAAGGUAGAGACUGAGCAUUAUGAAGAAAUUGAAGACUAUGAUUACAACAACCCUAAUGAUACCUCCAACUUUUGCCCUGGACUACAGGCUGCUGGCAGUGACUAUGAAGAGUCGGAUGACUUAUUUGUGGGACCAACACAAGAGAAUGAUGACAAUCCUGAGGUCCAAGGAUUAGACAUCACAACAUAUGGGGAGUCAAAUCUGGUAGCUGAGCCUCAGAAGGUGAAUAAAAUUGAAAUUCAUUAUGCCAAGACUGCCAAAAAGAUGGAUAUGAAGAAGUUGAAGCAGAGCAUGUGGAGUUUGCUGACAGCAAUCUCUAGAAAGGAAGCAGAUACAGAGGGAAAGGCAAACCACAGUGAAACUGGAAAAGAAGGGGCUCCAAUGGAGGUGGCUGACAAGAAGAUGCUCAGCGAGCUCGCAAAGGACCUGCAGAAAAGCCUGCCCACUGUCAUGGCUCAGAACCUUUCUAUACCUCUGGCUUUUGCCUGUCUUCUGCAUUUAGCCAAUGAAAAGAAUCUAAAGCUGGAAGGAACAGAGGACCUUUCGGAUGUUCUUGUGAGGCAAGGAGUCUGAAUUCCUGCCAAGAAGUCAGCAGCAGGAGGCCCUUCACUUUUUCAGUGGCCAGGACAUCCCCACUCUGGGUGAAGGAAGGUGCAGUGGGUUUAUGACAAGGCUGUUGUCAACUAUCAAAGUGCCUUUAUGUCUGAUGCUCUUCCCUUGUCUCCAUUGCCGUCUGGGUGCCUGCACUCCGAAGCUCUGUCCUUGACUGAUGACAGCUUUCUGUCCUAUGGUGGCCACCUAGGAGUGGGGAGGGUAGAGAGGGUAAGGGUUCUAUUCUGGGUUAUGAAAACCUAUAUCAGUGUAUAAUUUUAGUCUCCUAAAUUGAUGUGUGGUACUUUUUAAACUUUACUGUUGUAAAAAAACAAUUUUCAGUAGGCACUUAAUGUUGUCCUUAAAGAGCUACCUAAUCCACGUACAAAAAAUAAAACAUUUGUACACUUAUAAAUGUAUAUAUAAUGCUUAAAAAUAAAAUCAUUCUGAAUAAUA